AUGUGGGUUGUCGAGGGCUACUUUCGCGACAUUGAUGCUGCCGAUAUCAAAGUUCAGGCAAAGCUCCGAGAGAGGUGGCUGCGACCUACUCGCACUUACAGCUUAGGCAGAGAUCUCGGUAACGAUUUCUCAAUCGAGAAACCAAAGACUUUAAGCAGAUGGUGUUCUAUCGAAUUGAAUGCGGGUUCUUAUAACUCUAUGAGUGACCAAUCUGAGCCUGCCGAACUACCAAGACCAUAUCCAUUAUCACUCACCAACAAUCUUAACAAAGGUCUCCACUUAGGUCGCGGAGAAAACCCCAAUAUCACCAUCGAGCCGCGAGCUUCUGUUAGCAUCGAACCUGACGAUCAAAUAUUCCUCAACCCUUCAGACCCUUCAGUUGAUUCAAUUCGGUUUCAUUGGCGUCCGGUUUAUAUUUGUAUCAGCCCGUCCCGCCGGGCACAUGACUCGCAAAAGUACAAUGACUCAGGAUUUCUUUCCUCUAUAUCGCGACUACCAAGCAAACAUCAUACCCACUUCCUUCCGAUACCACUCAAACCAACGGUUCCGGUUGGCUGUGCUCUUGUUCGGGGUAUCCAGCUGAUUUCUCAGUCAUGGUUAGAUGACUUUCUGGAAGCGACUCAUAUUAACCGCCCAACGACACAAAAGCCACCACCCAACAUCCUCAGGAAAGAAGGCGACACCGAAGUGAUGUACCAGCAGCGAUGUCAGCAAGUCAUUUCAAUAUAUGAAUCGCGAUCGAAGGGAUUUUCAAGUUUUGAAAAAGACUUCAAGGAUGCUUGGAGCCAAUUGGUCCCACAAAUAAGCUUCAGUCAAGUACCGAGUUCCUUUGAAAAUUGGGGCAAAGAUCCGGUCAAGUUUGAUCCCAAUCCGGCUCGCAGAAGUUUAUUCUCCGACAUUUCUGUGAUCUUCCUCGUAAACCAAGAAGAUCAACAUUCUAUGGAAGUAGAAGAAGUCGUUCGAGCCGGUCUAGGCCGCAUUGUCACCCACACUUCGCCUUCUGAUCAAUCUUCACCAUCCCAUCCGCAACUACAAGAGUUGUGGCCAAAACCAGCUCGGCCGGAGUAUCGCGUUGUCAUCAAAGCCAAGGACUAUGUUUCCAUGCCAGGCUCGGAAAUUGAAGGGGAGAAAACGGUAAAUGAUUUACUUCAUGCCAUAUACUACGUGGACAAGGGGCGAUUGGUAAACCAGUUUCAUUAUCACGAGGUCCCAGUUGAUGACGAUCAUACCGACAAUCCCACCCUUCCUGAUGAAACUCCGACAAUCGCUCAACGCUGUUCGACACCCACCAGGAUGGCUAUCGGCGAUAAUUCAACCUUCACAGAACCUGACUCAUCCCCUGGCCCGGAGCUUAUUCGAAGGACAGUCAGUCGGACGGAUGAUGAACGGAUGAAAGAGCUUCUGUCACAUAGUGAGCCGGGAGAAAACGAAAUUGAAGCUCUACAGAAGCUUGCCAGAGUGGAUGAUUCCGUAGAUGAAACGGUGAUAUCUAUUCAACCUGAAGCACGAGAAGAAACGCCUCCGCCAACGACGAAUCAACUAGGUGGUGAGAACACGGGCAGGUUGGACCCGAAAUCAGGUUCGCAGUCGUCCAGCCUAGGCAGUAGUCCACCUUUACUCAAACGUGAGGUUCGAGGAGAACGAGAACUCAACUUGGACCAGUUUGUAACCUUUUUCUGCGAGGAAACUGGCAAAAAGUCCCGGGAACCCUGA